GAACGAGGCGGCAAAAGCGAGAACGAACGACCAUUCGACACAGUCACGACAGAGUGUGCGAGAAAUCUUUCACUUGCCCCGUUGCAGUCCAAUCAUGGCGGCUUUCGUAGGACGAAUUUGUGGAUCCGGAUUGUUGAGCCCGAAAAGUGGUGCUACCUUGCAGAAGGUACAAAACUUCUCCACGACCCGCGCCUGGACCAAGAGCCAAAAGGUUGCAACCGCAGCCGGCGUGUUGGUUGGAGGGGCCGGAGCCCUGCUGUACGCCCUUGAGCAAUCGGUAGCUGCUUCGGGUACGGAAGUGCACCCACCCGCGUUGCCAUGGAACCAUAAAGGAGUGCUCGAUUCCCUCGACCAUGCAUCCGUCCGCCGUGGCUACGAGGUGUACAAGCAGGUGUGCGCCGCCUGCCACUCGAUGCGCUUCAUCGCCUACCGUAAUCUGGUCGGCGUGUCGCACACGGAGGCGGAGGCUAAGGCCGAGGCGGAAGAAAUCCAGGUGCGCGACGGACCGGACGAGGCCGGCAACUACUUCAUGCGGCCGGGCAAGCUGUCCGAUUACUUCCCGAGCCCGUAUCCGAACGAGGAGGCGGCCCGUGCUGCGAACAACGGCGCUUACCCGCCCGAUCUGAGCUACAUUGCACUAGCACGCCACGGUGGCGAGGAUUAUCUGUUCGCCUUGCUUACCGGCUACUGCGACCCACCGGCAGGCGUGGUGCUGCGCGAGGGUCAGUAUUACAACCCCUACUUCCCCGGCGGAGCCAUUUCGAUGGCCCAGGCAUUGUACAACGAGGCUGCUGAAUAUUCUGACGGUACGCCACCAACUGCCAGCCAGCUAGCCAAGGAUGUGUCGACGUUCCUGGUUUGGGCCGCCGAGCCGUAUCACGACGAGCGCAAGCGCAUGGGUAUCAAGUCUGUCGGCAUCAUUAUGAUCCUCGGUGCACUGUCGUACUAUAUCAAGAGACACAAGUGGGCCGCGCUGAAGACGCGAAAGAUUUCCUUCCACCCAAAGAGCAAGUAAAAUAGUAAAAUCACCAGCAAAGCAAGCAACCAGUAGCAACAGCAAAUGCACCCAGCGAUGUGAUGUAAUGUGCGGGGUAGCGAAGAGUCGAAGCGACUAGGGGGACACAACAAAGCAGCCAACACAUAUUGUGUACCGUAAUCGAGGGGAAGAAAAUCUAUCGCCCAAACUUAAAGCAAAAUAAAGCAGAAAUGAAUGAAAAAAAUCACCAACUCAACCAGCAACAACAGAAAAGGAAGAACGAAAUUUAAAACCUGCCUGCUUUUGCUGUCGUUAGUAACAGUGACAAGGAAUCUGUGCAAUGGGCGAAGUGGAAAUGCAACGAGAGGAGAGAGAGUAACCGGAACAGCUUCAAGGAAGAACACCGGCAACUAGAAAAUGUUGUGGAUACAAUUUCACCUUCCGGCUACAAUGCUGCCAAACGCUUGCGUUUCUGGUCGCUGUUCCUUUAAUUCCCUUCCUGGGAAACCCAGCCACUGCUUUGCCAAAUUGUGCGGGUUCCAUUGCAUCGCAUCGUUGCACAGAUUCUUGGCUAGGUUUUUUUUUAAAAGAAAACUGUGCAUGUAUAGUUCAAUUACCAUUGUACGAAUCACUACAUAAAAAUUAUUCAACAAAACGACA